AUGAAUCCUCGAACAAUUAAACGAAUGUCAAAUGUUCGUUUAAAAGCACGUAGUGAACUGAAACCAGAUGAAUGGCAACAGAACAAUUAUUAUUAUGAUCAACAUGUUAUCAAUUGUAGUAAUGAUCAACUAGAACGUAUUGAUGCAAGAAAUAUCACACGUGAGGAUUUUAUUGAAAAAUAUGAACGACCAGCUAAGCCAGUUAUAAUUCAACAUUUAAUCGAUGAUUGGCCAGCAUUCGAAAAAUGGACUGUAGAAAAAUUGGGUAAAAAAUAUCGUAAUCAAAGAUUUAAAGUAGGUGAAGAUGAUGAUGGAAAAUCGGUCAAAUUAAAAUUGAAAUAUUUUCUUGACUAUGCAUUAAAUAAUCAUGAUGAUUCACCAUUAUAUUUAUUUGAAUCAAGUUUUGGUGAACAUCAAAAGAAGAAACGUCUUCUAGAUGAUUAUGAUAUUCCAGAAUAUUUUUCGGAAGAUUUAUUUCGUCUUGUUGGCGAACAUCGCCGACCACCAUAUCGUUGGUGGUGCAUUGGACCACAACGUUCAGGCACUGGAAUACAUAUUGAUCCAUUGGGUACAAGUGCAUGGAACGCUCUCAUAACAGGCCAUAAACGUUGGUGUAUAUUUCCACCAUCAACUCCACGCCAUUUACUUAAACCGACGUCAGCUGAUUCACCGAAAAGUAAAGAUGAAGGUAUAACAUGGUUUAAAGUUAUCUAUCCAAGAACACAACUUAGCACGUGGCCUAAAGAAUAUGCUUGUGUUGAAGUAAUACAACAUCCUGGAGAAGUUAUUUUCGUACCUGGUGGCUAUUGGCAUGUUGUGCUCAAUAUGGAUCUAACUAUUGCUGUGACACAAAAUUUUUGUUCAUCAGUUAAUUUUCCUGCAGUAUGGACACGAGUAAUUCGUAGUCGCCCAAAAAUGUCGAAAAAAUUUCUCGGAAAUCUUAAACGUCGUCGGCCAGAUUUAGCACGAUUAACAGAAAAAAUUGAUAUGAAUGCGGAUACAGGUCCUCGAUCGGAUACAUCGUCAUCGAGUAGUUCAUCAUCGUCGGCUGAUUCAUCGCCUGAUUCUGCCGAUGAUGAUGAAAGUGAAACUGAAUCGAAAGCAACAAUUCAUGAACCAUCGUUUGACCAAGGCGACGAACCAAUAGCCAAAAAACAGCGCAUUUCAUCGUUAUAA